AUGAAUGAUGGUGCCAAUGUCAUUACUGAUAAUUGGCCAUUUAAAAGAUUAAAUAAAAACACUUCACAUCACCUAGGGGUCUUCAUUGUUAGUUUUGUAAGUAUCUUGGCCGGCGGACAAUCCUAUAGCUCCAUGGCGCACGAAAAAAUAGCAAAACUCGUGGACAACUUACUAUCAGUUAACGAUGCAGCAAAUCCUUCACUCACUUAUACGACAACAGAAGCGCUUAUUAGAGAGGCAAUCGAAGUUUGUACGCAAAUUCUACUCGAUCAAGACACAAUGGUGGAGAUUGAGGCACCAGUAAAUGUUUGUGGGGACAUACAUGGACAGUUUCCCGAUCUUCUACGGAUAUUCAAUAGAUGUGGUUACCCACCUGAUUGCUCUUACUUAUUUCUCGGUGAUUACGUUGACAGAGGACGCCAACAGCUAGAG